GGUGUCAGUUUUCGGUCAUUUUGAAAGUUGGUGAGGGCUUGUCCGAGGAAGGGAAGGGGGAUUCGUUUGUUAGGUUUCCGACGUUCCUGGCUGUUGGCGUAGGCCCCGGUGGUCCUGAGACCGUGUCGCGCGGAAGUUUGCUGUUGAUACUCGCGACCCCCGGUUUUCUCGCGGAUGAAGAGGCGGAUGGUCGCGGGCUGGGGCGGAUGAGAUAGAGGAGGGCAUCCCGAUCAGCAGGACACGCUGGGCACGUGGAGAUUAUGGUCAGGGGGUUGUUUGCUGGUGCUAUGCUCCAUGUUCAUAUUCAAAUCUGCUUGUGCACGAAUUUUUUUUAAACCAUGUCAUUAGAUGGCCGUUCGACAGAACCUGUUCUUCGUAACGUGGGACUGUGUCAUCAAUGGGGAAAAAUAGCAAACGAACGAUAGUUUGUGGGUAGAAGUCGGGUGAUAUACUCGUGACUAAAUAUUCUAGACAUGAAUGCGUGAAUGAACCAACUCUUUAUAUCAAUAGUAUUAUUCAGAACCAUGGCAUGAAUAUACUUUUUAUCUGCCUAUUAAGUAUACGGGUUAUGAGAGCAGCAGCAAUCUCAAAAACAGCAUAUAAUAAUAAUAAUAAUAAUAAUAAUAAUAAUAAUAAUUUCCAAAUAACGUACUAUAUUUUAACCAUAGCUGUAAUUAUGUUGUAAUUUUUAUGUAAGCUAAUUAUGGGAUUGUGUGUUACAGCUUUAUAUACAAGACCACUUUCCACGUUAAAGUGAGAUUUCUUUAAAAAAUAAAAAAAAAGCACACAUCGUUUUUCGUGAAGAUUAAAGUUCACAUAAGAUGAGGUAGCAGCCAUCCGAAGUGCGGGUAAAACGUCUUUUCAUUUGGCUGUUGAAAUAAGACCAUUUUUAUUGUUGAAACAGUUCGGUUGGAUUUCGUGUCUUGUAGAAUUAGAAAGGACAGAUGAUUAUUCGGUUUAUAUAUUCUAUAUAUUCAGUAUAUUUUUUCUUGUGACCUGUUGUGACAGUAGUGUCCUAUUUAAUUCCUGCUUCGGCCUAGUUUACUCAAAUUGGCCGUUCCGAUGUCACAGUCUACGGUUUCAGGCCUUUCUGAUUUUCUUUCGUUUCCAACCGACAACACCGACUGAAUGUACACUGACUUUUUAUACACUGGCCCUUUUUUGAGAAUAACGUAUGUUUUCUGUUAUUAAAACGCCUAUCAGAGAUAAAUUGUAUAGGGUCUGGUCGAGGGAAACGUAUGCAGCUCUUCGGUGAUUUACAGUUUAGUUUUAAAUGUGGACUGGCGCGUGCGGAAACCACAACCAAUCCACCUUUAGGUUGUGGAGUAGUAACCUGCUCUAAUUUUUACGAAGGGAUAAGAUGCUGUCUUUUCUCAGUUCCAGAGUUAAUCCGCAGUCAUCAAGAGCGUCAAUGCAAAGUUUUACAGUAUCAACGAACAUACUCCGGACGCCCAUUACCACUUUGAUUUCUGGGCUAUUUGUCACUAUUUAACAGUCUUUAACAACUAUUAUCGAGUAAUUUUAAUAAAUGGUUAUCUUGUUAUAGGCUAGAUAACCACUCACUGACACACCGCCUUAUUUUUCACCUUAUUUUCUCUAUUUUACAUGGUUUUGAUAGUUAAAUGCAGAUGUAAAAACAGUAAAUGUAAUGGAACAGAUGCUCUCGGCAAACACAUUACAUUAUAUUUUCUUUGUGUAUUUUUAUCCAAUUAUGAAAACACCAUCGUAGACUGACCGAUAAAUCUCGUCGAGUCCCAGUCUGGUUUACUAUUGGUGUCUGUUUAUGCGAUGCCCGCAGCGGCGCCUGUUAUUGGUGGAGCUUUCCACGUGAUCUCCCAACUUUGUACAUUUGACAGGGAGGGAGGAGGGUUUCGUGGAGAUGAGAAAAACGACAGUGCAAUAAAAAUUAGUAUUAUUGCACUUCAGAAAUUAAUGACCAUGAGUUCAUAUUUGAUAAACUCAAACUAUAUCGAGCCCUCUUUCCCUCCAUGCGAGGAAUACUCCCAGAACGGCUACAUGACCGCCCCUUCAGAAUACUACGAACCACCAAAAGCGCCGGGGUUUGCUCAUCAGGACGAAGCGCCGUUUCAGCGGACAGACUACCCGGAACCUGGCUACGAAUACAACAAUGCCCAUUCAAACGGACUGGAAGAUUUCCCCGGCCACAUUCACACCCAGCCCGUCCCGCAGAACCAUGAUAUUCGCAUGAUUUCCAACGCUGACGAGGGGACCGUCGCUCCAAAAGACUGCAGCCUCUCCAACGAGACGCUUCCGCCCGCGCAAAAGACUAAAGAGCCCGUGGUCUAUCCGUGGAUGAAGAAGGUGCACGUUUACACGGUUUGCCCGAACUACAACGGAGGACCGCCCAAGAGGUCCCGCACCGCCUACACCCGGCAGCAAGCUCUGGAGCUCGAAAAAGAGUUCCAUUUCAAUCGUUACUUGACCAGACGCCGGCGCGUGGAGAUAGCGCACACGAUGUGCCUGUCCGAGCGUCAGGUCAAGAUAUGGUUUCAGAAUCGCAGAAUGAAGUGGAAGAAAGACCACAAGCUGCCGAACACUAAGAUCCGGUCCAGCAGCUCUUCUUCCGGAAAGCAGCACGUCAAAACACCUCCUCACCAGACUGAACUGCCCCCAACGGCCUGUGCCGCGCGCCUAUAGUUUACAGUUUCCUGAAGAUUGCCGGGCAAGUGGACUGAGAAAGCUUGCGGCGGCUGCGUUUGGAUCAGUUCUAAAUGGAAUUUAAACUCAACAUUCACGCAUUUACUCUGAAAUGAUGGACACCUCUUCCUCCCUCCCAUCCUCCGUCUUUACUGCUUCAUUUCUGUCGCGCUUGUUGCACAGGAUAGCAUGUGAAUGUUUUUUUUUCCCUCUCAUAUAAAAACAACAGAAAAAAACGUGUAAAGACACUGCACGGGCCUGUCUUUUGCGGAUGCCGAAUUGAUAUCAGUGUCUGCGGAAACAUGGAAACUGAGAUGCGCUCUCGAGAAGAGCGUCGCACUGUUGUUCUAGACGUGCGAGUUCGUGUCUCGCUUAGGUGACUGAGUCGUGUAAAUAAAGACAAAUCGAUAGAAACCCAUCUGCAGUAAAAUAUGUGUGUACGUAUUGUAGAUCCCAUGGACGUUUCGCCCUCUACGAGACCCAGUUUGUGCGCGUUUGAGUGUUCGUGAGUGAUGUGAUUAACAUUGUGCGUUGUUGCUAUCAGUGGUAGUUGUUAUGUUGAAUUUGUUGACGAUGUCGUGUAUUCUAGAAUAAAUAAGAGCAAAAAUAAAAUGUAUUUAAAGGUG